UGCCGCUAGCAACUAAACAAAAUAACUGCACAUGCGUUCCGACUGCGACGAGGUGCCGCUUAAACCGCCGCGUCGCCAAAAGCUUCAGUUGCCGCUGCAAGAGCAACAACAGGAUAAAGAGCGAGGGCGUGAGCGUGAACGUAGGCGUUCGCGUGAUCCCGUGCAGCGUGCAGAGAGCGAACAGCUGCUGCCUCUCCACUUGAAAAGCAUGUACUCAAAUCUACGCUAUGCUCGCACAAAUCUCAGCCACAGCAGUCUGCUGCUCAACCACCAGCAGAGCUCGUUCGAUGGCAGCGCGCCGACUUCGACUGAGCGCACUGAGAGCAGCGAGACGCUAGACACACCGUUAACCCAGGAAGCAGAGCGAGAGAAUGGCACGCAGCCGCUGGCAUUGCCAUUGGCCGCCUCUGGUCGCUGCCCAAUGCCCGCCGCAACGGCGAACAGACGCUUUGCGCUGGCCAGUGCGCUGCAUGCAACGGCCAGGCUGGCGGCCAGUGUGGAUGCUUACACGGCGGCUGCAACGGCGACCGCUGCUACCAGCCACCACUGCCAUGGCGACUACAGCAUGUGCGACUCGUGUCGACCUCUUAGACUGAGCAACCAGCAUCAGCAGCAGCAGCAACAGCAACAACAUCAGCAGCAUCAUCAACAGCAGCAACAACAGCAGCAGCAACAGGCGCAGCAGACGCAGAGCGCCAACAAUCUUAGUCGUUACACCCACUCGGGGCCGAGCAGCUACCUUGAUUCGACGCGUUAUCUCAACUACAGCAAUUUGCAUUCGAAUUCGCCGCACGCGAGCUCGCGUCGCUUCAACGCGCAGCUAUCGUCCCAACCUUCGCCUCCGCCGCCGCUGCCGCAUUUUGCUGGGCCAGCCAGUUCCAUACCACGGCGAAUUGGACGCAGCAGCAUGUCGCAGUCCGGCGAAGAUCUACACUCGCCCACCUACCUCUCCUGGCGCAAGCUCCAGCUCAGCCGAGCCAAGCUGAAGGCCUCCAGCAAGACGUCCGCCCUGUUAUCCGGCUUCGCAAUGGUGGCCAUGGUGGAGGUGCAGCUGGACAAGGAUACGGGCGUACCGCCCGGCAUGCUGGUGGCCUUCGCCAUCUGCACCACCCUGCUGGUGGCCGUCCACAUGCUCGCCCUGAUGAUCAGCACCUGCAUUCUACCCAACAUCGAGACGGUCUGCAAUCUGCACAGCAUCGCCCUGGUGCACGAGUCGCCGCACGAGCGUCUCCAUUGGUACAUCGAGACGGCCUGGGCAUUCUCCACGGUCCUCGGCCUGAUACUCUUUCUUGUCGAGAUCGCGAUACUGUGCUGGGUGAAGUUCUACGAUCUGAGCACAACCGCCGCCUGGUCAGCUGUGGUUGUUCUCAUACCCGUGAUGAUCAUCUUUCUGGCCUUUGCCGUGCACUUCUAUCGAUCGCUGGUGACGCACAAGUACGAGGUCACCGUGUCGGGCAUACGGGAGCUGGAGCUGCUCAAGGAGCAAAUGGAGCAGGAUCAUCUCGAGGUGAACAAUGCCCGCAACAAUGGCUUCAACUAUGGCGCCUCCGGUGACAUUGUUUAGCAGCAGGCCAAACCCAACAACAACAACAACAACAACAAAAUGCUUCCCCCCCAACAAAAAAGAUAACAAAAACAACUUUUGUAAAAGCUAAAAGACAUAUUUGCCCCCGUCGGGGGCCCAAAGGAAAAACUUUAGACUACAUCAAUUGUUUAGAAUUGUGAAUUUGUAGCUAAUGCAAAUUGUGAUACGCAUAAGGCAAUAUUAUAUAUUUUAUUUUAUUUUUUUUUUUACUUUACAUACGUUACAUACAUACAUGUAGAUAUAUAUAUAUAUAUAGUAUUUGUACGAUCCGCGCAUGGGAUCCAAUCUACAUAUAUGAGCCUCCAUUGGCAGGCCUAUGUCUAAGCGCUAGUUCGCUCCUAAUUUAUACAUAACAUAUACUUAA